AUGACCACAAAGAUUCAACACAAACUAGAUGAGCUCGCUACCAUGUUCGAAAAGACACACCCAACGUUACCGUAUAUCGAAGAAGAGUUCACACAGUACUCGAGUACAACUGAAAAAGCGAUUGGCAAUACUUUCGAAUACCUUGUACUCCUUCAUGCUCGGAUCCAGGGCUUCAACGCUCACGCUGAGCUUCUCAACACAUCCCACAAACCCUCCACUACGAACAGUGGCAAAGAUGAAUCCACCGUCACUGCGGUCGUGAAAAAUCUGGAGCUACCCACAAUCCCUAUCCCAACAUUCAAUGGCGACAUAUGGGACUGGGACAACUUUUGGGAGCUUUUCAUCUUAAAUGUACAUUCACAAAGACUUUCCGAGCUACAAAAAUUCAACUACCUGCUUAGCUCCUUAAAGGGUGAACCUCUACAAUCGAUGAAGAAGUUCCAACUCACUCGACAAAACUACACAAAAGCCAUAGAAUUCCUUACUAAUAAGUACGGUAAUUCUGAAGAACUCAUUCGUCAGCUCCUCAGAAAGAUGGACAAAAUCUCCCUCCACUCAUCGCCCAUACAAGAGCAACGCAGACUAUUGGAAGACAUAGAAGCCAUCAUAGGCCAAUUAGUGCAAAAAGGUGAAAAUGUCGGCAAUCAGUCCACGUAG